UUUGUUUUUUUGGGUCCGGUGUAGGUCGCGCGGGACCCGACUACAUCCGUUGCCACCCCUACUUAGUGGAUGGCAGAUCGGAAGUCCGGAUCUGAUAUCUAAUCAAGGCAAGUCUGGAUCGGGAACCGGAACUAGACCUGAACACGCCGGUUAUAAACUUAUGAUCAAACGCUCAGUUUCCCAUUUGCAGCUUUCAAAGAGAAUGGGUGGAGACCAUGGUCAUGUCGAUGGAGCUCACGCUGAUUACAGGACCAAGGUGUGGAGUAUGACUGGAGGUCCUUACUGUAAGCCCAAGUACUGGAAGAGGAACACUGCCAUAGCCAUGGCUGGCAUUGUUCUCAUCUGUAUCCCCAUUGCCAUGAAAUCGGCCGAGCUCGAGCAACGUCCUCAUCACCCUGUUCACCCGAUUCCGUCACAAAUGUGGUGCAAGAACUUUGGGAAUAAGGAAUACUGAAGGUGUAUUGUUUUCUUAGAUGAGCAACACCUUUAUAAUGCCUUUGGAAGAUGUAAAAUGUGCGUGUGCCUUUUAUGCAGGAGACACUGGGCUUUUCAAAUGAUUCUAAAGGCCUGAUGGUCUUUGUGUGAUUAGACUUUAAAUGGCAUGGAUAGUCGUUUUAUUGGCGUCCAUUUGUGCUAGAUCAUCACAAAAUGAGUUGGGAUGAUAAUAGAGCUCAUGCUUUCUAAGGGAUGGCU